AUGGUCAAUUAUAGCGAUUGGAAAACAAUUGAGGUUUCGGAUGAUGAAGAUGACACUCAUCCAAAUAUAGACACUCCGUAUUUGUUCAGAUUGAGGCAUCAGAAUCUAGUGGAUCGUGUAGAUGAGUAUGAGGAGAAGAAAGGAACAAAUAAUCAAAAGCAAAUGUAUAACAUUCAACAGGAGAUAAGGAACUGUAACGGCGACGAAAAGAAAUGGGCACAACUUCAGACAAAAUUGAAAGAGAUUGAAUCGAAAAAGAGCGAAUUGAAUGCCAAAUGUGAUGAGUUACGGUUAAAAGAAAAGAAAACACCUUGGAAUUUCUAUACAAUUUCCAAACCAGGCUUCUCGAAAACGAUCAUCAAUACAUCACCGAAAUCAACGUAUGAUGAUUUGAACGAAGAAGAAAAAGAAUCUCGUAGGCGCGAUUUUGUUAAAGACAAUAAAAAACUGCUGAAACUAUUCGGAAUGAUGCGCAAAUACGAUGAUUCGAAAAAAUUUCUUUUGGACCAUAGUCAACUUAUCGUUUAA